UGCACCGGAGCUCCUCUCUAGCGCUGCCAGUGGACAAUCAAACACACACACACCCACCUCUGUCUGUCUACACACUCGCCUGUUCAACAUUUCUUACUUCUGCUAGAAAAAUACAAAGCUACACCAAACCUCUGAGCUCUGAGUCGCAUCGCGGCGCAUCGUGAUACACCAGCAGCGAUAGCUCCAAAAGAAAGCACAUCAUGGAGUCCCCUCCAGAUCCAGCGAGCGACCCGGGCAACGGCGUCUCAGAGCCGGUUACCCCGGUCAGGGAAACCCCGGUAAACCUGGAGACCCUCCGCAAAGCUGAGCACCAAGCCCCGGUGCGCAGGCAGAGCUGCUCCAGCACCAACAGAGGUAUUUCAGUAACAAAGAAGACACACACUUCUCAAAUCGAAAUAAUUCCCUGCAAGAUCUGUGGAGACAAAUCAUCAGGCAUCCAUUAUGGCGUGAUAACGUGCGAGGGCUGCAAGGGUUUCUUCAGGAGGAGUCAGCAGAGCAAUGCUGCGUACUCGUGCCCGCGUCAGAAGAACUGCCUGAUUGACCGCACUAGCCGGAACCGCUGCCAGCACUGCAGGCUGCAGAAGUGUCUGGCCGUGGGCAUGUCACGUGACGCGGUAAAGUUCGGCCGGAUGUCGAAGAAACAGCGGGACAGCCUGUAUGCAGAGGUGCAGAAACACCGGCUCCAGCAGCAACAGCGGGACCACCAGCAGCAGCCCGGUGAGGCCGAACCCCUUACACCGACCUACGGCCUUUCCACCAAUGGCCUGACCGAGCUUCAUGACGACCUGAGCGGCUACAUGAACGGCCACACACCCGACGGCACCAAGCCUGACUCGGGCGUCAGCAGCUUCUACCUGGACAUCCAACCCUCACCCGAUCAGUCCGGCCUGGACAUCAACGGCAUCAAGCCGGAGCCCAUCUGCGACUUCACCCCGGGCUCGGGCUUCUUCCCCUACUGUUCCUUCACCAACGGGGAGACGUCCCCCACCGUUUCCAUGGCUGAGUUGGAACAUCUGGCCCAGAACAUUUCCAAGUCCCACAUGGAGACGUGUCAGUACCUGAGAGAAGAACUUCAGCAAAUGACCUGGCAGGCGUUCCUUCAGGAGGAGGUGGAGGGCUACCAGAACAAGCCUAGGGAAGUCAUGUGGCAGUUGUGUGCCAUUAAAAUCACAGAGGCCAUUCAGUAUGUGGUGGAGUUUGCCAAACGCAUCGACGGCUUCAUGGAGCUCUGUCAGAAUGAUCAGAUAGUGCUUCUCAAAGCAGGCUCUUUGGAGGUGGUGUUCGUCAGAAUGUGCCGUGCCUUCGACCCUCAGAACAACACAGUCUAUUUUGACGGAAAGUAUGCCGGGACUGAUGUGUUUAAGUCAUUAGCGAUUAAAGCCCACCAGGUCGGCAGUGGCUUCUCAUGUCCGCCACAAAUGGAGUCGGUUUCCUCGCUGAGGACUCUGCUCGGGGUUGCUGAAACUGCUGCAUACGGUGGGCGUCUGGAAACGCAUAAGCAAGAUCGAGUGUCUACCAGGGAUGUUUUAUCAAACCCUUAG